CAGCUGAGCAGCAAUCGGACAGUCCCCCUUAUCUCACUACUCAGCAAGGAAGUACACCACUCCUAAAGCUUAGCAACUGACACUGAAAGAUGAAGUUCUUCUUUCCGACUUUAGUGGCGUCGGCGCUGUUGAUGUUGUCGGGCAACACGGACGCUCUAAAUGUGAAAAUGCACGGCGUGAACUACAACUCGCGCAAGGGUCCGGACUGGGCUCCUGACAGCUCCAAGUGCAAGUCCGCGUCUGAAGUGCAGAAGGACAUGUACGCACUUAAGGGCAUCACUGACCGAGUGCGCAUCUACUCGCUUCUCGACUGCAACCAAGCCGAACUUGUGCUUCCUGCUGCCAAAAAUGCUGGUUUGCAAGUGCACCUCGGCAUCUGGACGACUAAGAGCCACGACUACCUUCUGAAAGAGAAAGCUAAGCUUGCCUCUCUCAUUGACUCGGGCCUGUAUGACAACAACGUUAUUGGUCUGCAUGUCGGUAGCGAAACCAUCUACCGCAAGGAGAUUACCGCUGACACAGCGAUCGGCUACAUGAACGAGAUCCGCAGCUACAUCCGAAGCCGCGGUAAGAACACUCCCGUCACCAUCGCUGAUGUCAUCGACAUUUACUAUGACUAUCCACAGAUAGUCGAUGCGGUCGAUUACAUCUCCGUCAACGAAUUUGCCUAUUGGGAGGGUGUCGACGUGAACGAAGGCGCGGCUAAAACGCUUGAUCGUAUUCGUGCUAUCCGAGUGACGGCUGCGAAGAAGAACAAGCGUAUGGUUCUCUCUGAGGUUGGAUGGAGCUCGGGUGGCUACAACGCUAAGACCGGUGUGUCUACUCCUGCCAACCAGGCCAAGUUCUUCUCGGAUUUCUUUCAAGUGGCCCGCUCGAGCAACAUGGAGUACUACUGGUACACUGCGUUCGACUCGCAGUGGCGCGUGACCAAUGGCGGUGAAGAUGUGGAGGCCAACUUUGGUGUGUUCAAGGAGGACGACAGCAUGAAAAGCAACUUCCAGCAACUGACGAUCGGCUGGAAGGACCCGCGUGCGAUUCGCAAUGCUGGUUCGAACCGGUUGCUGUCCGAAAAGGAUGCCGGUCUGUACAUGUCGACCAAGUCGAAUGACUGGCUGGUGAAGGAGCAACAGACGUGGUUCUUCGAUUCGACUACCAAACAGAUUCGCUCGAAAAGCGGUGAUCGCUGUCUGGACGCGUAUCAGCCCUGGGACGGCGGCAUUGUACACGUUUACCGCUGCAUGGACAACGAAGGAAACCAGAAGUGGACGUACGAGAGCUCCACCGGAAAACUCAAGCACGCGACGCACCAGGGUUUCUGCCUGGAUACGGACCCUGCUCAAGGCAACAAGGUGCAGCUCUACGGAUGCUCGCCGAACAACCCGAACCAAAAGUGGGUCAUCAUCAACCCCGCCAACAUUUAAAGUGUCAGCAGGGAUGCAGUGACUCACCAUUGCGCUUAAUCGAAAACUACAACAAAUGAAAUGUUUGUGUGAGUCGAUG